AAACACCGAACAGUUUGAACCGAGACUCUAAUGACCACCUAUAGACAUUUUGUGAUGGAAGAAGAAGCAGCACGGCGCCGCUGCCGAGUUUUUAUACGCGGUCGCGCUAGUGCGCGCUCGGGCCCCGACCUCAGAGCUUCAGGUCCAGGUCGCGAUUGUUUUGUCCUGGUUCUGCCUCGACGGCUUCGCGCGCCGCCCUCCCAAUCAACUUUGCUACCCUCACGUCUUUACAACCAUGGAAGCCGCUCCCCGGCCCGCUUCUCAGCAGAUGCAGCUGCACGAGGUAUGUCUGGUCCACGAACUCACGAUGCACGCGCAUACGGCUCUGCUACUUCAGCAUGUGCUACGGGACCGCAUUUCCUGCAUUCUGGCGCAGCCAUUGACUUUCCUAUUCAGGACCCUCUACAGCCGCUGCGCGCAAUGGCCGACAGAGUUGGCAAAGAGGUCGAGGAAUUCGCCGAACGGCUGGACCACUGGUACACCCAGAGCACCGACAACGAAAAGGCCAAGCAUAAAGCCACCCUCAAGGUCGUCAACAAGUUCAGAGAUAUUGCAGAGAGCAACGUACGGGAGUUGAAUAAGCAAAACUCGGCUGCAAUCGGAUUAGACCAGUCCACGAAGAACCGCAUAGCCCACCUAGUCAACAACGAGGGUCUUCGCAGCAGGCAGAUCGUGCAGUCGACGGAGUCCAGGAGAGAUUCCCCAUCAAUUUCAUCAUCGAGUACGCAAUCGGAACUACGAGGUUGGCAGGCAGAGCUUGCGACGUGGGAACUCGUUCGCGUGGUCUUCGACCAUUACCACCCGGAACCCGGAACCGACCGAGAGGCGAUGAAGAGGAAGAAGCUAGUCGCUCUGGAUGACACAAAAUGCCGCAGCCCCAAAGACGAAGUCUGGGAGCGUUUCGUUAUCAGCGACGAUCUGGCUAGGGAGAAAAUGGCUGUCUUGAAAUGGCUGCAGCAAACAGCAAAGCGCAGCGAACGAAACGUGGAUUCGAUUAUGGGACAAUGGGCCAAAGAGUCUGGCAAAGACAUCGAUACGUGGACGAGCGGGUGGCUGGAGACAAAGGCAACAAUCAAGCAGGCCAAACUCAAGAAUGGCGUUGAAGGGCCGCUGGCAAAUGAUGAGGUUUACAGCCGCAGCGAACGCAAAUUGCUGGUCACUCGCCUGGAUCCAGACGCUCAAACGCGACAGCAGCUGGCUUUGGAGAAGCCAGACGUGUACUACGAGCAUGCUCUCUGGAUGGCCUGCUAUGAGAUGCUUCGCCGCGGUGAACCUCUGGAUGAGAUUAACGACUGGUUCAAAGCAAGAAACCAAGGCUACCGUGCAAUAUGUAUCGGGGCCUCUGGCGAGCCGCGAAUUGAGGGCGCCCCAAAUAUGGGCCCGUCUGAUUUCGGCUACCUGUUUCGUCGGACCACUUAUCUUGCUGCGCAAAGCACCAUCUAUCCAUACGAGGGUGCAGCGUAUGGAAUGGUUUCCGGAAACUUCCAGAGGAUACAAGCUAUCUCAUCCUCGUGGGACGAUCACCUUUAUGCAUACUACAAUGCUCUACUUCUAUCCAGGUUCGACAACUACCUCUUAACGGAGCCCAAGGAUCAGCCCCGCGCACAGAAGCACCCACAGCUUAACUUUCCGGGAGUCAUGGAACACAUCAAUAAUGACUGGGAGAAUGCCACUCAAAAGGUGAUGGAGUUGUUAAAGCAAGACAGCCGCACAUCACAGGAAGCAAAGACCCCAAUCAAGCUGAUACAGAGUGCGCUCCUCAAUGGGACCCUCGAUGACCUCGUGAGCAAUGUCGGCAUUGCCAUUGCCGAUGCCAUCCAAGCCAAAUCUACGCUUCCUACUUUCAUUGUCGAUCCGGAUUACCCCGAGGACGCUGUUCGUGACGCUGGUCCCGAUGGAAUCUUCACCUGUAGAGGGAAGCGUUCGGUGGUGGUUCCAGACUACUACCAACAAUUCCUGCACGACCCCCACGCGCUGAGGAUUCUGGUUCAUAUCUUCAUUGUACUCGGCAAGCCACGUGAUCCUCUCUCGAAGCAGCAGCGGUCUACAUUAUUCGCAAGAGGCAACGUCAUCGCGGCCUAUGUUGAAUUCCUACGCCUUGCCCAAAGAUUGUCACCCAUCCCGUUAUAUGCUUCACAUAUCGAACAAUGGCGCGCCUCUAUGACUCUCGCACGCAUACUCCCGGAGAUUGCCGAUCCCAGUGACCAGCAGCGUUAUGUAGGCCUAAUGAAGGGAUACGGCGUUGAUGUCGAAUCAACAAUAUCCCGAAACUUCCAUCACGUUCUGAGCCAGGCUGGUCUCGUCGUUGGACGCAAGCAGGAGGUUGCAAAACCAAUCUCGAAAUACGACCUUUUGGACAAGCCACACAAAGGUCUUGCUGCGUCCACCUGGCCAAACGGGCAACACCUCAAAGACCAAGUUUUUGAGUCUGCCAUCCGAUGGCAAGACGAAGCCGUAAUUGACUGUCUGCUGUGGUAUGGCCAUCUUCCGGAUAAGGAUGAGGACAAAAUUGCGUUGCAAAUUGGACGUGCGCUUGCUGUGUUUCUUCGCGCUGGCAAUGUAGCUGCCGCCGAUAAGCUCGUUACGCAGAUCAACGACGGUAGCAUAAACGUGGCUUUGGAUCAUCAUCUUCCUCAUUUCGUUCGCCUCAUCAUGCUCUUCAGCCAAUGGCGCAACGAAGAGAAGAAAUUCAUCCAAGGAGAGGAAUUGCGCAUCUCCGCCAAAGCUGGUGGAUCUAUACUUACAGAUGUCCUCGAAGGGAUUACAUCAACUAUUUCCAUUGUCCUAGAACCAACGGUCGACCCGAGGCAUACAGAUAUCUGGGACAUUUACAAGAUAUACAUCCCUGAGAUCAUAUUGGCCUACCUUGCGGUCCUUCAAGUGGCCUUCCUCUUCUACAAGAGGGAGCAUGGGAUUGAAGCGAUGGACCUCAUGGUUGCCGUGGCAAGGAAGGAAUGGCUGAGCCAGACGUUCCAAGAAACAAAGCGCAUGCGAGAGCUAGUGGACCGCAUUGCAGAUGUUUCUCGGUUCAUGGUCGAGGUUGGGGAGAAGGGGAAGGUUAAGGUGACCAAAGAGGGUAAGACGGCCAACAUCUGGAACCUCAACAGGCAGGGCUAGGUGGAAGUGGUAGUUACAUGUAUGAUUUGUGAAUGAUGCUGUGCAAGCCCGUUCAGCUCCUGAUGCAGUGACACUCGACGCGACAAGAUGGGAAAUAUGGACGCCGCACUCAGUUUGAGCUACUGGAAACAUGUUUUGCAAUGCGAAGCACCCAGUCUAGAAAACAAUCCUAUCAUACUAUUACCUAGAGACUCGCU